UCUCCUCAUUGUGCUUCAUUUGCGCGUUGGUUCAUGGAAGGCAACAUGAGGAGCGAGGUAGACUUGCUGGCUGCUGUCACUGUUCUGGGAGUCCUGGAGCAAGCCUACUUUGCACUGCAGGUGAUCUACGCCCGGAGGAAGUACAAGAUCUCUCCCCCAGAGACAACGGGUCACCCCGAGUUUGAGCGGAUCUUCAGGGCUCAGGCGAACUGCUCUGAGUACUUCCCCAUCUUCCUCUCUCUCCUCUGGGUUGCUGGGAUCUUCUUCCAUCAAGGUGUGGCUGCAGCCUGCGGUGUGCUGUACCUCCAUGCACGCUUCCGCUACUUCCGGGGCUACAUGCAGGCUGCGCAGGGACGGUUGGGGCCGCUGUAUGCCAGCGCCCGGCUGCUAUGGCUGCUGCUGGGGCUGGCGGUGGCUGGGCUGCUGGCACACUUCCUGCCGCCCCCGUCCUGCCCAUGGAUGCUGAUGUGGCCCCUCAAGCUGCUCCGUGCCCACUGAGCAAAGCCAUGGCCGCCUGGAGUGCUCGGCUCAGCCCUGGUGUGAUGGUCAGUCUCCUGUCCCACUGCCCACCUCAUCCCUGUUGGAGCGUCACA